AAUAAUGAUCCCGGACACUGACUGGGAGGCCGGCUUCUGGGCGAAGUAGUUCCUAAGCUUUAGAGCUCAGUUUCCUCACCGAGGCCUGGGAGGUAGGUAUCUUUAUUACUCCGUUGGAUGGGGAAACUGAGGCUGAAUGAGGGAGGUAAGAUGACUUUCUCCACCACUCUCAACUCAUGAGUAAGAUUAGAGAGGGAAGGUAGGGCAAAGUCCCUAAUGUCCCCUCCUUCCCUCCCCACUUCCUUCUGUCUUUUCUGUUCUCCUUUUCUCGCUCUCCCCCGGCCUUCUCUCCUUCAUGAAGUUUGGGCUGGAACCCCCAAAGACUUGGGUGCAAAAUCAGGGCCCCUGAAGGGAGUGGGCUGAGGGUUUGUGGGAGUUCCUCUUCUUCCACAGAGCCCAGCACCCUCCUCAGCUGAAGUGGCUCCAGAGCUCAUGGAACCCUCCGCCACUCCCGGGGCCCAGCCCGGAGUCCCCACUGGCAGCAGGGAGCCCUAUCACCUCCCUCCAGACUAUGAGGAUGAGUUCCUCCGCUACCUGUGGCGCGAUUACCUCUACCCGAAGCAGUAUGAGUGGGUUCUCAUCGCAGCCUACGUGGCUGUGUUCCUCAUAGCCUUGGUGGGCAACACACUGGUCUGCCUGGCUGUGUGGCGGAACCACCACAUGAGGACAGUCACCAACUACUUCAUUGUCAACCUGUCCCUGGCAGAUGUGCUGGUGACUGCCAUCUGCCUGCCUGCCAGCCUGUUAGUGGACAUCACUGAAUCGUGGCUCUUCGGCCAUGCUUUGUGCAAGGUCAUUCCCUACCUACAGGCUGUGUCCGUGUCGGUGGCAGUGCUGACACUCAGCUUCAUCGCCCUGGACCGCUGGUAUGCUAUCUGCCACCCGUUGAUGUUCAAGAGUACUGCUCGCCGCGCCCGUGGCUCCAUUCUGGGCAUCUGGGCGGUGUCGCUGGCUGUCAUGGUGCCCCAGGCUGCUGUCAUGGAGUGCAGCAGUGUGCUGCCUGAGCUAGCCAACCGCACCCGGCUCUUCUCUGUCUGUGAUGAACACUGGGCAGAUGAACUUUACCCCAAGAUCUACCACAGCUGCUUCUUCAUUGUCACCUACCUGGCCCCGCUGGGCCUCAUGGCCAUGGCCUACUUCCAGAUCUUCCGCAAGCUCUGGGGCCGCCAGAUCCCUGGAACCACAUCGGCCUUGGUGCGGAACUGGAAGCGGCCCUCAGAGCAACUGGAAGCUCAGCACCAGGGACUGUGCACAGAGCCCCAACCCCGGGCCCGAGCCUUCCUGGCUGAGGUGAAGCAGAUGCGAGCUCGGAGGAAGACGGCUAAGAUGCUAAUGGUGGUUCUGCUGGUCUUUGCCCUCUGCUAUCUGCCCAUCAGUGUCCUCAAUGUCCUGAAGAGAGUGUUCGGGAUGUUCCGCCAAGCCAGCGACCGGGAAGCUGUCUAUGCCUGCUUUACCUUCUCCCACUGGCUGGUGUAUGCCAACAGUGCCGCCAACCCCAUCAUCUACAACUUCCUCAGUGGCAAAUUUCGGGAGCAGUUUAAGGCCGCCUUCUCCUGCUGCCUGCCUGGGCUGGGUCCCCGCUCCUCUGCCAGACACAAGUCCGUGUCCUUGCAGAGCCGAUGUUCUGUCUCCAAAGUCUCUGAGCAUGUUGUGCUGACCAGUGUCACCACAGUGCUGUCCUAAGUGGGGCCUGGCCCAGGGCUCCGGGAGGCACAGCCUGAUCCUUUGCCUGGGAUCUGCCCCAGCACUCACGAAAAGACUGAUGCUGCUUGGUGAGAGACAGACUCCAGCCCUGGCUUUCUGCCUGGGUGACUCAGCCAGAGUCAUUCCCUCUCUGAGCUUGUGUCCCCUAAGCAGGGCUGAUAGGAGACUUAAGCACGCUCAAGAAAGCAGAGAGCGUUGUAAAUCAUUUCGUGCUGUGGACACGGUUACUGUCGUACCUGCCUCAUGUGGCUGUACCCCGGAGUGUCACCCCACCCUUUCAGAGCUUGGCUUUCCUCCCAAAGACCUACUCAAUUACAGGCCUUCCCUGGCUGGACUCUGUUCCAAAGGUCCCCACAGGCAUAUUUACCUGGCCUGGAGGCCACCUGAAACCCUGGUCACACAUGGCCAGCUGCUCAGAUGUCCCUGUGAACUAAUUCGGAUCCAGCCCUUCUCAGUGGGCUCUGAAGCACAGCCCACCCUCUCCAGGUGUGGACUGCACGCACCACAGGCUGGAUCUCGUUGGCUUUGUGGAGUGUGGCCAUUCAGCAUGAAGGCCAGCAGCCCGAAGCAAUUGUAAUUAAAACCCUGGCAUCGACUGGUUCCUUUCCUUGUCAUUACACAAAGUCUGUGCUGCUCAGGUUAGUAGUGGAAGAUGGGGCAGCUGUGGGGCGGGGAUGGCAAGAGGAGAAGGCUCUGGAAUGCUCUUAUCUGCGCAACCCCGCCCCCACCCCAGAUGACCUGACUGCAGGCCGAGCUGCCUCUGGCAGUGCCCAGCCUCCGAUGCCCAGGACUUAGAUCUCUGACACACUUUUUGCUCCCUGCCCGCUGACCUCUGGACUGGAAGUCACCCUCCUACAGGAAUGCAGUUUCUUCUCCCGUGGACUGCACUGCUGUCUCCUAUGGUCUGCUGCUCUCCCUGUCCAAGACAAGCACUGUACACCCCCUCCACUGCCUGGUAGCCCGAGGAGCUCCCCAUGAGCGGAGCACCAUGUCCUGCCAGGGUCAGGCUCAACAAUGGGAUGUGCUUCUGCCAAAAGAACAUUUCUGGCCACAAAGAUGACACUGCCAUGUUCCUGGCUGGCGCGAGAAAGGCUAGCAAGUGAGGAAGACGCGUUGGCAGACAAUCCAGGUUCUGACCUUGGCCCCACCGCCUAACUACCUGUGAUCAGAUAAACUCCGCGUCUUCUCUGGGUUUCACUUUUCCUACACGUGAAAUGACGCUGGACUACCGUGAGUGGUGGAGAGAACCACAGCUCUGAACGCCUUGUCAGCACAGAGGACCCCGCCCCAUAGGAGACCUGAGGAGUGUGUCCUGGUCUGAUCCAACCCAGAUCUAUCCAGUUCCAAGUCCCCAAAGCCUGGCGUGAGCGACGUCAGAGGGGCCGCGACACACACCAAAAAACCUCUCGAGUGGUCCUCAGUGACGUAAGACAGCGCGACAGACUGGUCCUCUUUGUUCGUCGCUCACGCAAGACCUUUCUAAGGUGAAGCUCUGCGUGAAAAGGGGGCGGAUAAAGUGGGAAGAAAGAGCCGAGGAUGAAGAGCGGCCCCGGGCCUCUAGACAGAGCCCAGACAUUGAUGUAGGGGCCGCCACAACUCACCUGCCCGUACGGAUAGCUGGCCAUGGCGACUAUGACGCCAUACAGUUAUGGAAGGCGGGGCUUCCUGCCUUAUUCAGGGGGGGGGCGGGUCCACAUCUUAUUGGACAGACAGGCUGUCGAUCUUACGGCGGACAAACGGAAGUGAUUCUUGGGGCAGUGGGCGAUUGCGAGAACGGGGCGUCUGGUUGCAGUGUCCGGAAGUGUUGGUGGCUGUAGUGGCACAUUUAUUUUUGGUUUUGUGACCUGGAGCAGCCUUCGGGACUGGUUAGACUAGGUUUUUCUAAUGGUUAGACUAAGUUGGUUGUUUUUGCGGUGGCCAUAUUAUAACCUGGCAAAUCGGUCGCGUGCUAGUUGCGUCACUUUCUGAGAUCACUUUAUUUUUAUGACCAAGCAGUUGUUAUGGCUGCUGGGAACUAACCCCCUCCUGGAAUAUAGGUACCAUUUAGUACUUGGAUGCUAAACCGAUCUUUGGGCCGUGGAGAAAGGUCAAGCUGCCAGAGUAGAAGAAAAAUUAAGAUAAUUUGGCACUUCUUCAUAAAUGGGGAAACUGAGGUCCAGAAAGGCAGUGACUUAUUUUCCUAAAUUCACAGUCAGUUCACAAUAAAAUAUGGCCUAGGAUUAGUGUCGAUGAAUAGCUAGGUCUCGGCAAGGAGGUCUGUCCCCCUUUGUAGGUCAAAACCUGGAACUAAGUGAUCAUCAUCAUGUACUUGCCUCUUGGGUUUAGGUCCUACACUUGCUUAUUUGAUUAGUUAAAUUCCCAUGUGGCCAGGCAUGGUGACACAUACCUUUAGUCUCAGCACUCAGCAGGCAAGUGUAUCCACAUAGAGAGUUCCAGGCCAGCCAAGGCUACAUAGUGAGGCCCUGUCUCAAAAAAACUCUCAUGUGGACAAGAAUUUUGUCUGGUUUGCUUGUAAUUAUAUCUCCAGUAUCUAUAAUGCUUUGCUAUACUUUUAAAUAAACAAAAAGAGUUAUGAGCUAU